GUGGGAAAGGCUCCUAGGAAGCUCCAGGUGCCCAUUUGUUUCAGUCAGAUCCUCUUGGGGAACCACUGCGGGCCAGUGAGGCAAGAGUCCUGGGUUUCUGCGCAAGAAAGAAAGAAAAGUUAAAGACAGAACCUAUGAUACUCGUGGUAGCUCUAUGACACUGUCAAGUCCGAGAUGGGCACUCCUACCUUCGGAGAAGAGCAGCUGGAAGUGAAGAGGGACUUUCCUUCAACCUUCAUGAUCUGAACUAUGAGUGUGUCCACCUGUAGCUUCAAUAGAGGCUGAGAAGUGUGGUUUUGCCUAUCUUCACUAGAAUCCAGCAUGUCGAAUUUUUCCUCGAGAAAAAAGUCUCCUACUGGAAACGAUGUGAAGAGCACCCAGGGGGCUGCACUGAGACAACAGGGCUUUCAUGAUGUGAACAAAAGAAGGGCUUUCUUGCAGGAUAACAGCUGGAUAAAAAAACGUCCUGAGGAGGAAAAAGAUGAGAAUUACGGCAGGGUGGUGCUCAGCCGGCAUAACUCCCAUGAUGCCUUGGACAGGAAAACAGCCGAGAGGGAUGAGCCAAAAGCCACGAUUAGCCGGUACCACUCUGAUGACGCUCUGGACAGAACACUGUCCACGCUUAGGAUACCAGAAGCAACCAAGAUGCCAGCUGGUAGCUCCCUUCACGCAAACCCCACCACCACGGCUUCCACACCUGCUACCACCCCUGUGAAGAAAAAGAGACAGUCCUGGUUCCCACCACCCCCUCCCGGUCACAGCGCCUCUCCAAGCCCAGGAGCGAGCGGAAGGGAUCCAGCCGUCCACCCUCCCAUACCUCCAAAACCCCGCUCUCCCAUUGCAUCUCCUAAACAACUGAGACAGAAUAACAGGCAGAUACAUGCAGCUACAUCAGGUGCAUACGGAGAAGCCAAUAGACAUCUUGAAAGAAAUAUCAGGACUGAGGAUCUCGAUGACAUCAUCAGGGUGGCUGCUUCGCUUCAGAAGACUGACAAGGGUGAAGAACUGGACAAUCUCAUUAGAAUGAACAAAAGCUUGAACAGAAAUCAAGGUCUUGACGGCCUCUUCCGAGCAAACCUGAAGGCACAGCAGAUAGACAAAAGAGCCCAGAGUCUUGAAAGUCUCAUCUAUAUGAACACCCAGAUGGACAGAGAUGCCAAAGGGAAUCCAGCCUUUGGAAGUCUUAAGAAAAUCCAUCAAAGGACGGACAAAGAGAAAGGCCAAGGCCUCAGACCAGUUCCCAAAAUGAGUGUCACAGCAGACAAAAGCAGCAGAAGAGGUAGAGAGCUUGAUAAUGUUAUGAAGACCAAGUCCAGAGGACAUGAGAACACCUCUGGGAAACAAGACCUUGAUGGACUGAUUAAAGUGAAUCCUGAGACACAGACAUAUAUGAAGAGGGGCCAGAGCCUUGACAACCUGAUCAAAGUAACCCCAGAAGUAAACAAGAGUAACCACGGGAGUCAAAAUCUUGACAGUUUCAUCAAAGCUGCACCCACAACCAACAGAGCUGACCAAGGCUAUCAACACAGUCUUGAUGAUCCUAUUACUACGCAUUCCAAAGCUGUCAAACCUACUGCUGGACACCAAGAUCUUGAUAAGUUCAUCAAAGUGAAUCCCGCUGUUCUUGAGAACAAUCAAAGAAACCAUGAACUGGAUGGCAUCAUCAGACGGAACCCUGCAGUGACCAGACAAAGCCAAGAUUUGGACAAGCUUAUUAAAGUGAAGUCUCCUGCUCUCAGAAACACAAAUGGGAACGCUAACAAGCAACAGUGUCCAUGGUUCCCCUUGAUCUGCCCUGUAAGGGAGUGCCACACCCCUUCACACAACAAUGAAUUACAUUGUUACAACAUGGAGAAUUCUUAUACUGGAAAAGACCGGGGCCUAGAAAACUUAACUGGAGUAGAUUCUCAUCUAUCUGAAAAUAAAAAUGGAAGGCUCGAUGGCCAAGUCAAUGGAGUCACCAAAAAUCUACUCAAGGAGUCCACGAGAACCUCUGUCUAUUCUUAUGAGGCCAGAAACAGCCUCAGCUCCAAUGCUGGAACCAGGAAUGUUGGCCCUAAGGACACGGUUGUGUACACAAGGACAUAUGUGGAGAAUAGUAGAUCACCAAAAGAUGGAUAUCAGGAAAAUAUCUCAGGAAAAUAUAUACAAACUGUUUAUUCAACUUCAGAUAGGUCUGUCAUUGAAAGAGAUAUGUGCACUUACUGCCGCAAGCCCUUGGGGGUAGAAACCAAAAUGAUUUUAGAUGAGUUGCAGAUCUGCUGCCAUUCCACCUGCUUUAAGUGUGAAAUAUGCAAACGGCCUUUGGAAAAUCUGCAAGCUGGUGACAGUAUCUGGAUUUACAGGCAGACUAUACAUUGUGAGCCCUGCUAUUCUAAAGUGAUGGCCAAGUGGAUUCAGUAACACUGAUAAGUGGAAAUGAAGCUGAAAAGCAAGCCUUCAGUGAAGAAUUUAAAGCUACAUUUUAAGAAUAUAUAAUAUAGAAAAGAUUUACAUUGAAGAUUAUCUCUUGUAUUAACAAUUUUGUUAUUUCACAAGUAAUCUAAUUACUUUGAAUAAGAUCACACACAUGAAAAGAGCCAUGUGGUAUUUGGUAAGAUCUAGUGAUAAAUACUCACAUAGUUCUUGCUACCAAAGUCAAUGGCAGUGAGCAUUGUCAACCCUGCACAGGCCAGCCCUGCUCCAUGUUUAGCUGCUCAUUAUGAUUUUCAAUAACCAAGUCUUCCAUCUUCUCACCUAUCUUCCCUAAUAGUUUUAUUAGCGCUAUAGAUACCCUGACAAAUAGGCUGAUAGAAGCAAGAUAUACUUCUUCCUUUUUCUACAAACAAAAAUGCACGUAGAAAUUUUCUUACAAAAUUUUUCAAGAAGAGCAGUGUAACAAGUUGUUUGAACUUUUGAAAGUCAAAGUUCCCAGACUUCUGUGAUGUUCUCUAUGACGCCACAGACACUAGACAAAGUAAUUUCUAAAGUCCCUUUUUGCCUUUCUGGUUAUCUGAUUAUAAAAAAUGGGAUUUUAUGCUUAGAAACAUAUUGGCAUAUUUGUAAACAGUUGAGAUAUACAAAUAGUUUCACCUAGUGUCAUCCUUCAGUCUAUCACAGGCUUAUCUUUUUAUAAACUAUUCUUAAAACUGAAAUUAAUAGUUUUAUGGGUGAUAGGUAAAACCAUAUGAUGUGUAAUUUGUUAAACUUUCUUUGCAUGCAUUUCAAAAUCUGAGAAAUAAUAGAUAUUGAUUGCAAACAUGUUAUAUGUGUUCAUGUUACAGUUUAUGUUUACAGAAGGCUCAUGACAAUAAAAUGAUUUUCCCUAAUGUUUGGAU